AUGGAAGUCUUUCAGCACGUAGUUCACGUCAACAAUGAGAAGGUUGCCGCUUUGGCAGACUGGCCAUGUGCCAAAGGAGGAUUCCUCGUUUCGGCCAGCGCCAUCAGCAUGGAGGCAGUAACGAGCCAUGCUUUUGCUUCGAAGACCUUCUGGAGACGGACGAGGUCCCCGUUACCGUGUAAGACUGCACAAGACCGCGACGACGAAUACCCAUUCUCAGGUUUCGACGGCGUUGAGGUCUACUAG